CCGCCCACCCCACCCAACGGAGGGCGCGCCCGGGCGAGGCGGGGCCGAGAAGAAAAGGCGCCACCAGAGAGUGGCAUCCGCUACCAACGCCGGAGGGAGAUCGAGAACCCCCUGGGCCCCAGCCCACCGGCGCCCAGGCUCCCCCGCCCUUAGGCCACCUUUCGCCCGCCUCCUGCCGCGAGCCAAGGCCGGCGCCCCGCCCGGAGAUGGGCAGACGCGCGGAUGGCGUGGCUCCCAGUGCCGCCAGAUCGCUGGAGCCCGGCGCCGGGGCGCUGCGCUGAAGCUCUCGAUCCGCGCUGCCUGGGAAGCCUGCAGGUGUCCUUGGCCGCUCGGCCGCCGGAGCCCAGAGCCCCGCGCCCCAGAGCGGCUCCGCCCCCCGGGCUCGGCGCUGCGCAGGACGCCCCGUCUGAGGCCCCCCCGCCCCAGCACGGCCCCCGCUGCGCAGCGCCAGCCCCGCGCCGCUCCUAGCCGCUGCCGAGCCGCGGACGCAGGACGGGAGGCUCGCUCCUGCGGGCGCGCUUGUUUUUCUGCGGCCGCCUCGCCCUGCGCAGCCCCCGCCCGCCUGAACGCCGCGCUCCGCUCAGCCCCGCCCGCCAUCUGAGCCCUGAGCUGGAUUUAUGAAUGGGGGGAAGAGGCCACAUGCCGCCGCCGCCGCCUCGUGUUGACCGCAAGCAGCCCGGGCCCGCGGAGCUCCGCCGGCUGCCGUAAGAGCGUCGGCCCGGCCCCGGCAGCCGCUCCGAGGACUUGUUGCUGCUGCGCUGCCGCCGCCGCGGGGAAGCCGGCCGCUCCCGGGACUCGGGAGCCGGAGGGUGGCCCCUGUGAGUGUGAGUGUGAGCGCGCGCGCGCCCCAGACCUUCGCAGUGAGCCUGGACUGUGCGCUAACUCGCCUUUUGAGGGUGAAAGGGGGGGCGUGUCCGGGGGCCCGAGCAUCUGAGUGUCCAGUCCUAGCCGGGGAGCGUGAGGGCUUGUUCCUGCCUCCCCGGGCCCCUCGCUUGGGUCCUCGGCUCGCCUUUUCCCUCCUGCCUCCCUCGCCGGAGCUGCCUGCCCAAACCCCAACCACCUGUGCACCGGAGAAACCCAACUCCUCCUGCUCCGCGCUCCGGGGGGAGGCAGGGGCAGGGCCAAGCCGCAGAGGGGGCCGCCGCCGCCUCCUGCCUCCUCCUCGUCUCCUCCCCCUCCCCCGUCUGACGCUGCCUCCUUGGGAAGGGUGUUUGGAGGGCAGCGGCCGCCCCAAGCCGAAGCCCCGCAGCGCUUCUUAUGAUCAGCUCGGUGUGUGUCUCCUCCUACCGUGGGCGCAAGUCGGGGAACAAGCCUCCGUCCAAAACAUGUCUGAAGGAGGAGAUGGCCAAGGGCGAGGCGUCGGAGAAGAUCAUCAUCAACGUGGGCGGCACGCGACAUGAGACCUACCGCAGCACCCUGCGCACCCUACCGGGCACCCGCCUCGCCUGGCUGGCGGAUCCCGACGGCGGGGGCCGGCCCGAGUCCGAUGGCGGCGGUGCAGGCAGCAGCGGCAGCAGCGGCGGCGGGAGCUGCGAGUUCUUCUUCGACCGGCACCCGGGCGUCUUUGCUUACGUGCUCAACUACUACCGCACCGGCAAGCUGCACUGCCCCGCCGACGUGUGUGGGCCGCUCUUCGAGGAGGAGCUCACUUUCUGGGGCAUCGACGAGACCGACGUGGAGCCCUGCUGCUGGAUGACCUACCGGCAGCACCGCGAUGCCGAAGAGGCGCUCGAUAUCUUCGAGAGCCCGGACGGAGGCGGCGGUGGCGCAGGGACCGGCGACGAGGCCGGCGAUGAUGAGCGGGAGCUGGCCCUGCAACGCCUGGGGCCCCAUGAGGGAGGUGCAGGCUCCGGCGCGGGGUCGGGGGGCUGCCGUGGCUGGCAGCCCCGCAUGUGGGCGCUCUUCGAAGAUCCCUACUCCUCCCGGGCGGCCAGGGUGGUGGCCUUCGCCUCUCUCUUCUUCAUCCUGGUCUCCAUCACCACCUUCUGUCUGGAGACCCACGAGGCCUUCAACAUUGACCGCAACGUGACAGAGAUCCACCGAGUGGGGAACACGACCAGCGUGCACUUCCGGCGGGAGGUGGAGACAGAGCCCAUCCUGACCUACAUCGAGGGCGUGUGUGUGCUGUGGUUUACACUGGAGUUCCUGGUGCGCAUCGUGUGCUGCCCUGACACGCUAGACUUCGUCAAGAACCUGCUCAACAUCAUCGACUUCGUGGCCAUCCUGCCCUUCUACCUGGAGGUGGGGCUGAGCGGCCUGUCCUCCAAGGCAGCCCGAGACGUGCUGGGCUUCCUGCGCGUCGUGCGCUUCGUGCGCAUCCUGCGCAUCUUCAAGCUCACACGCCACUUCGUGGGGCUGCGCGUGCUGGGCCACACCCUGCGUGCCAGCACCAAUGAGUUCCUCCUGCUCAUCAUCUUCCUGGCCCUGGGCGUGCUUAUCUUCGCCACCAUGAUCUACUAUGCCGAGCGCAUUGGCGCCAGGCCCUCCGACCCACGGGGCAACGACCACACCGACUUCAAGAACAUCCCCAUUGGCUUCUGGUGGGCGGUGGUCACCAUGACGACGCUGGGCUAUGGGGACAUGUACCCCAAGACGUGGUCGGGCAUGCUGGUGGGGGCGCUGUGUGCACUGGCUGGCGUGCUCACCAUCGCCAUGCCUGUGCCGGUCAUCGUCAACAACUUCGGCAUGUACUACUCCCUGGCCAUGGCCAAGCAGAAGCUGCCUAAAAAAAGAAAGAAGCACGUGCCCCGGCCACCCCAGCUUGAGUCACCCAUUUACUGCAAGUCUGAGGAGACCUCACCCCGGGACAGCACCUACAGUGAUACCAGCCCCCCUGCCCCAGAAGAGGGUAUGGUUGAGAGGAAACGGGCAGACUCCAAGCAGAACGGCGAUGCCAAUGCGGUGCUGUCCGAUGAGGAGGGAGCUGGCCUCACCCAGCCCCUGGCCUCUGCCCCCACCCCUGAGGAGCGCCGGGCCCUGCGACGCUCUGGCCCCCGAGACAAAAACAAGAAGGCAGCCGCCUGCUUCCUGCUCAGCGCCGGGGACUAUGCCUGUGCCGAUGGUAGUGUCCGGAAAGGCUGCGCAAAGUCCCGGAGUCUAAACAACAUAGCUGGAGCAGCUGGAACCAGUCUGGGGCUGUCUCCACUGGCAUCAAGAUACAGCUCACCCUACCCUCCAAGAAAGUCCCGCUCUCCCACCCCUUCCACCCUCUCACCAGCCCUCCACCUGGACAUCCGGCCCCUUAGCGGCACCCUCGGCUCUCCCCACCCCCGGGCACACACGCUCACAUGCCCUCCAGCCCUCAUACCUCCUGGGGCCUGA